GAAUUCAGUCAGUUGUUCAGUUUACGCGCGACGCGGCGCGACGACGUUCGCUCAAACAAAUGUACUGGCCUGAUAUUCCCGUACUUAUCUGUGAUAUUGUUAUUCAUACUGGACUUAUAUUCCGUCGUACUUAUUCACUGUAGCUACUUACAAUUCUUAUAAAAUAUAUUAUCGCGGCGCCUAAUAAACGUUCGUAUUAUUGUUUCUCAAAAAACUAUCGAAUUGCCACCUCAUUACGCAAUGCAAUACCAAAAAUUGUACUGAGAUCAGUGAUCUGCGUGACACAUAAGUGAUUUCCGAUUUAAACAAGAGCAAGUGAUAUUUAUGAGGAAUAUUAAUAAACUAUGUUGUGUGUAUUGUGGUCUAAGUGCUUAAAGUGUAAUAAUGUGAUUAAAACUCAAAUAUUUUUUGAUUAAAAUUUAUUGAAGUUUGUGCUGACUCAGAAAAAUAGUUACUGUUUAACUUUAAAAUAAGAUUUGGGAAUCUGUGUCUAUUUUUUUGGACUUAUAGAUUUCUAACUCCAGUGCAAGAUGGAUUCAAAAGUUGUACUCAAAGAAAAAAAUCCGCACGAUAAUGCAAACAUAUUAUCGAAAAUAUUUUUGUGGUGGAGUUUUCGUUUAUUCAAAAGAGGCUACAAACAUGGCCUGACGUUGGACGACCUAUGGCAGGCCCGUAGCGGAGACCUCUCCGGACGUCUAGGCGACAGACUUGAAGAAGCGUGGGAGAAAGAGUUAGAAAAUUCUCGUAAAAAGAAAACAGAACCGUCCUUAUCAAGAGCAAUUAUUAGUUGCUUUUGGGUCGAAUACAUGACAUGUGGAUUUUUUGUUGGGAUACUUUUCAUAGUUUUAUGGCCCAUGAUACCUUUUACUCUAGCUUUAUUUAUAGAAUAUUUCGCUGGUGAGAAGACUAGAGAAACGUAUAGAAAUGCGCAUAUUUAUAAUUUUACAUUGAAUUUUCUGAGUAUAUUGACCGCAAUGAUGUUGAAUCACACGAAUUUAACCCAAAGUUGUGUUGGGAUGAGAGUUAGAAUAGCAUCGUGCUCGGUCAUUUACAGAAAGAUAUUAAAAUUAAACCGUAUAGGUAUGAGCAAAACAGAGACCGGACAAGUGAUUAACCUGAUGUCGAACGAUGUGAAUCGCUUCGACACCGCCGCACUAUAUUUGAAUUCCAUUUGGGUGAUGCCUAUAGUAGUGCCGAUAGUUUCGUAUUUGGUGUGGCAGCACAUCGGUUGGGCAACACUGGCUGCGCUCCUCGUCAUCUUUGUACAAUCUGUGAUCAUACAAGCAUAUUUAAGUCAACGUCAAGGAGCAUUGCGAGGUAAGAUAGCAAAGCGCACAGACCAACGGGUAAAAGUUAUGAGCGAAUUGGUGAAUGGUGUUCAAGUGAUAAAAAUGUAUGCAUGGGAAAUACCUUUUGAGAAACUCGUUGACAAACUACGCAAGCAUGAAGUGAAAUUCAUAUUAAGGACUUCGUUUAUCAAAGGAUUUUCGACUGCUCUUAGUGUUUUUACUGAGCGAUUCAUUCUUUAUUCUGCCGUUGUCACAUUCGUCGUAAUCGGGGGAGACAUUCGGGCAGAGAUCACGUUUUCUCUUGUGCAGUAUUACAAUCUACUCCAGCUCGCUUGCAACAUAUUCUUCCCAUUGGCACUUGCUUUUCUCGCAGAAUCCCGAGUGUCUAUCAAAAGGAUUGAGGAAUUCUUAUCUCUGGAAGAACUAGAACCAGAAGAGCCUAAAAUUAACGGUUUCAGUGCUGAUAUUAUAAGCAAUGGUAUAGAGAAAGACAAGGAAAAUGCUAAUACCAAAGUGAAAUCUACGAGCUUGGUUUUAUCUAAUGUGUCUGCUAGCUGGAUGCCUAACCCUAUUGUGCACACAUUGAGGAAUAUAUCGCUGACAGUACAUCCGGGAGAAUUUGUGGGGGUUGCUGGAUUAGUUGGAUCUGGAAAGUCGUCUCUUUUGCAAGUGAUCUUGGGGGAGCUGCAGCCAUCGCAAGGGACGGUGUCGCUAGGAGGCGCGCGCGUCGCUUACGCCAGCCAGGAGCCGUGGCUGUUCGUGGCAACUGUGCGCCAGAACAUCCUCUUCGGCCUGCCCUACGACCGAGUGCGGUACAAAAAGGUGGUGACGGCGUGUGCGCUAGUACGUGACUUUGAACAGCUCCCUAACGGUGACUCGACGCUGGUGGGCGAGCGCGGCAUUAGCCUCAGCGGCGGACAGCGCGCGCGCAUCGGCCUCGCGCGUGCCUGCUACAGACAAGCUGACAUAUAUAUCCUGGACGAUCCUCUAUCUGCAGUGGACACCCACGUCGGCAAGCAUUUGGUGUCAGAAUGUGUGAUGGGACUCCUGCGACACUCCUCACGCAUCCUAGUCACGCAUCAACUGCACCAUCUGAAGUCUGCAGACAAAGUUAUCAUACUGCGAAACGGAGAGAUAGAAACACAAGGCAGUUUCGACGAGGUGUCAAAGACCCCGUUGUUCGAUGAGCUGUUAGAGGAUGAGGAGCUAACACCGGCAGAGGAAGUGGCCCGGACACAGUUGAAGAGGCAACGCACUAUGUCUGUUCAGUCUCAUUCAAGCGUCAGCACUACAGCCGAGGGCGCUCAAGAUGAAGACGACGAUCCAAAAGAAACUGCUGAACUUAUGGAAACUGGUCGCGUGUCGGGGUCGGUGUACUGGAAGUACUUCCACGCGGGCGGCAGCUGGGGCAUGCUGCUCUUCACCUCCGUGGCCGUCAUACUUGCGCAAGUCGUCACAUCUGUGAGCGACCUGUGGCUCACUUACUGGAUGAACACCGUAGAAGCGACGCACGUCAACGACUCUCUGAAGGAAGAAAGAAUAAUUCCAAACAUUACUAUAAAUAAUGGUUCCGCUGAUUCAAACAUCGAGGAAGUUUAUCUAACGCCGAUAGAUCACAACUUUUUUAUUUACGUUUGGGGAGCAGCCAUUGUUGGAUGUAUUAUUCUUACUACGGGCAGAUCUCUACUGUUUCUGUGGGUGUGUAUGUGCAGCUCCAUAAAGUUGCACAACAAAAUGUUCAGCAACAUCUUGUCGGCGACUAUGAGGUUCUUCGACACCAACCCCUCCGGACGCAUCCUGAACCGAUUCUCCAAAGACAUGGGGAUCGUGGACGAGAUUUUACCCAAGAUGUACCUCGAUAGUAUUCAGAUGUUUAUGGUGAUGUUUGGUAUAUUAAUAAUGGUGGCCAUAGUGAACCCGUACAUGCUGCUGACGACGCUGUUCUGUGGUAUAUUCAUGUACUUGUGGACAAUGGUGUAUUUGAAUACGGCGCAGGCUAUAAAAAGAGUGGAGGGCGUGUCUCGCAGCCCGGUGUUCUCGCACGUGUCGGCCAGCAUGGCUGGGCUCACGACGGUGCGCGCGUGCGGCGCGCAAGCCAUGCUGCGCGCGCACUUCGACGACAAGCAGGACGUCCACACCGCUGCCUGGUACUUAACUUUAAUUACAAACACGGCCUUUUCGAUAUGGCUGAGCCUCAUCUCCGCGACGUAUGUCAUUGUUGUGGCGUAUUCCUUCCUGUUGAUGGAUGACGGAACAACAAAGUCGGGCAACGUUGGUCUAGCAAUCAGCCAGGGGCUUAUAUUAGUGAACAUGGUGCAGUACGGCAUAAAGCAGACCACAGAAGUGAUAUCGCAGAUGACGAGUGUGGAGCGAGUCAUCCAGUUCACCAAACUCCCCAAAGAGAAGAUAGAUGGGCCUUCCCCGCCGAGGGACUGGCCUCAACGCGCGCGCCUCGUGUUUAAGGACCUUUACCUGAGAUACGACAGGGAAUCGGAGCCUGUACUUAAGAAUCUAAAUAUAGUCAUUGAAAGUGGAUGGAAGGUGGGGGUAGUCGGCAGAACUGGAGCAGGAAAGUCCUCCCUGAUAUCGGCACUGUUCCGCUUGGCGCCCAUCGACGGGCAUGUCUACAUCGACGAUGUCGACACCGGAGACAUUGCACUUAAAGAGUUGCGGUCGAAAAUUUCAAUCAUCCCUCAGGAGCCCGUGUUGUUCUCAGCUAGUUUACGAUACAAUUUGGACCCCUUCGACAAAUAUACGGACAACGAUAUUUGGAAGGCUUUAGAGCAGGUGGAGUUAAAACAGAGCGUGACGUCACUGUCGGCGGGCGUGGAGGCGGGUGGAGCCAACUUCAGCGCGGGCCAACGCCAGCUGCUGUGUCUGGCGCGCGCCGCACUCGCGAGCAACCGCCUGCUGGUGUUGGACGAGGCCACCGCCAACGUUGACCCCAACACGGACGCGCUGAUCCAGAAGUCCAUCCGCAAACACUUCUCCGAGUGCACCGUGGUGACCGUCGCGCAUCGCCUGCACACGGUAGCCGACUCCGACAGAGUCGUGGUGAUGGAGGCAGGUCAAAUAGUUGAAUGUGGCCACCCUCACGAUCUCCUGCAGAACGAAGACGGCCACUUCACCCGAAUGGUGAAGCAACUCGGCAGCUCCUCGGAGCAGAGUCUACGAGAACUGGCGCGAAACGCACAUCUUCAGCAUAUUAAAUACGUAGACGCAGACGACCAACCUCAAGCUUAGGAUACUAUGGAUAUUAACACGUAUUCCUCAGGAACAGGAACCUUCGCCGUUCUACCACAGGACUGCUAGGCAUCGCAGUCCAGUGGUAGAACGUUGUCUAUAUACGGGUCUAUUAUUUAAAUCAGAGAUUCCCAAAGUGGUCUAUAUCGACCCCUAGGGAUCUAUGACAAACUGCAACUGUCUAUGUACGCGAAAAAAUAUUUGGGGGUACAUUAAAUGAAAAUGGUUUCCACGAUAGUGGAUCAUAAUACAUACACUGGUAGUACCUAUUUUUUACAUAAUAUUAUCUUAUAAUAUCAAAACAUAUACAUUACAAAAUACAUUUUAAAAGUAACUAUGAAGUAAAAAAAAUAUUAUAUAUGUUUAUAAAAUUGUGUAAGUUGUGUAGGAUACAGAAAAUCAAUAUCAAAUAAGUAGGAGGUCUACCCAACACGGAAAAACAUGGCAAGGGGUCUACGACACAAAAAAGUUUGGGAAACUCUGAAUUAAAUGAAUGAUUGAAUUUGUCAUUUAUAAAAUCUAUAUGAGAUAUAGAUAUAAUAUAUGGAAUUGUGAAUUACACCGUUUCACUCAAGAUGAGUUAAAUUGUAACCAGACUUGACAGUUUACAAGUCGACAGCUUCCAAUAUCGCUAGAUGGAUUAAUUAUGUACCUAUAUAUAUUUAGUUUUUAAAAUACUAAGAUGUCAUGGUAGUAGUGGUGUCCACUAGCGGGUGUACUGUAUAGACCCCCUUCACUAAGAUUUUAACUAGGGUGCUUACCCUAGUUAAAAUCUUGGUGAACGGGGUACUUACUUUGCGAACGGGGUACUUAACGGAAUUAAGGAAUACAUUGCAUGUUGGAAGGCAGUGCAUUUUUACAUCUAUGAAGGGCAAGCACUGUACCAACGAUAUUUUAUACUAGAGACAGGGCACUAGCACGUCAAAACUGAGGCGGAUAAAUGUGCAUAAUUAUAUUUAAACAAAUAAUACCUAUAUAUUAUUUACAAUGUCGAGUUGUAUGUUCAAAAAAUGUAAAACUAUACAUUAUCUAUUCUUAUACUUAUCUAUAUAAAGUGAGUGAACAAAAAAUUAUGCAUGUGUGCGCUCAGUGGAGUAGCUAAAUUCAAAUCGCUUUUUGCGGUGAUUUUGUAGGCACUUAACAUAUCUAUAGAAUAAAAUAUCGUUGCUAUAGACCACAUACAGUGGCGUAGGUAAUACCUUUUUGUAAUGUUACAACAUGUUUCUAUAUGUUUUAUUUUCUAAAUAUUCUUAUUACUGCAAUGGCCUUUGUACAUUUAUAUGAACGUACUUAAUUUAUUGAAAAAAUAUGUCUUAAUAAAUUAUAAACCAAGGCCUUAUAAAAUAAACAUACUUAAAUGAAAAUGUUGACUGACAAAGUGAUAAUAGAAAACCGCUGAAAACGGAAAUUAUCUACAUUUUAUAAAGUAGUUACUUUGUUCGAGUUAAAUACUCAAAAAAAACAAUGAGGGAUCACAGAGUAACGGUUUCUCGAAAUAAUCGUGUAUAGCGAUCAAAGAGUUUAAGUUAUAAAUAAGUAUAAUGAUAAGUAUUUUAAUUGAAAUGUUACCACUAACCGAGUAUUUGUUCUUUUGUGAAACUAUAGAUGAAUAUAUACGAUUUUUAUUAUAUAAUUUUUUUUUUAUAUUAUAGGUAUAUGGUAAAUACCUAAAUUAUAUACGAUUGAUUAUUAUAUGUGGUAAAUACCUAAAUUAUAAUGAAAAAUUAAUAUGUAUUUGUUGUAAUUGCUUGAACAUAAGCAAAUAAUAUUUUAUACAAAAUCAUAUAUUUUUGUAUCUAGAAUAAUACAAUACUAAAUAUUUUUUCAUUCUGAAACAUUCCCCAUACACGCCACCACUCUAAAAAAACUGGUUAGUUAAAAAAAAACAAUAGUGCCUACAAUACAUUUCAUUUCAAAAAAGUUCUACUAAACACCACCAUAAUUUAAGCCAAUGUAAAAGAAGUAGAUGAUUAUGAAAAAAAAUCAAUAACUAUACGCGCGUCAUAUUAAAGAGGGCGGAUAUUUGUGCCUCUGAGUAUAUUUCAUCACAUUGGGUUUGAUUUGGUUAUUACCCGACAUUGGGCGGAUAAUUGUGCCUCUGAGUAUAUUUCAUCACGUUGUGUUUGCUUUGGUUAUUACUUGACAUUGUGUUCAUACUACAUGUCUCUUAUUUCUUAGACGCCGCAUGCUUUCACCCACGUGGCGUAAAAUUCUGUUUAACCCACGGGAACCAUGAUUUUUCCGGGAUAAAAAGUAGUCUAUGUAUUAGUAAAUAGAGAGUAAAAUCUAUUUCCAUUCCAAAUUUCACCAAAAUCGGUUUGCAAGCCGCAGCGUAAAGGAGAAACAAUUAAACAUUUACACACAAACUUUCGCCUUUAUAAUAUUAGUGUGAUAGCACUCUGGGAUAGUGUAGAUUCCCAACAGUGAUUGUGUUUUUAAAUCGGUUCAUUAGUUUCAGAGCCUAUUCAAUGCAAACAAACUAUCAAUUCUUUCCCCUUCAUAAUAUUACUAUAGAUGAAGGUGCUAGUUAAAGUGCAUUUUUUUUUUCAAUAAAUGCAUGUGCAUUUUAUAAUCUAAGAGCCCAAAUAAGGUCAACCUUUUAUAGCCAUGGUCAUAUUUAUUUAUUUUAUUGAAAAAAUAUCAUUUUUAUCUGGUAAACAGGUGGUUGAAUGUUGAUCUUACUUGGGAUUCUACUAUUUUAAUAAUUUUAUUUAAAAAAAACAGACAUUAUCCGAUUGUUUAAUGACAAUAUUUUAAGUUUAGUUGCAGAUGAGUAUAUGAUAUAAUAUGGCAUAAUUCACUGUGGACCAAAAUGUGUACCUAAUACAAAGACUGCAUAAUGUGUCACUAUCACUAAAUUACAUCACAGUUCACUUGUUGAAAUUGACAAUACAAUAAUGGAUAAAUUAUUUACAUCAACAAUAUCAACAGUUUGAAUUUUUGGUGGGGUAAAAAUGUACCAUAAAACUAACUACAUAUUUAUUUUUCAUUUUGUACUUAGAAAGAUAGGAGAAAAAUAUGAAGGUAUUAAUUGCUUGAAUUUUGUUUGCAACGCAAUGUUGAUAAUUUGUUCAUAAUAUGUGGUAUGCAGUGAGAUGGAAUUUAAGCAAUUCUCGAUGUCUUCAUAACAUUUAUAGUACAAGAUCCGGCUUAAGAAAUAUAUACCCUCAUCUGUUAUUUAAUUGGGAUAAUAAAUAAAUGAAGGAAAAUAAUCACAUUCACACAUAAAUAGGUUGCCUAGUUAAAUUGCGGCUGAACAGUACUAACUGAUUAUUAUUUUUUUUUAAUUUAUCCUUCCGCAUUAAUUAAUUAAAAAAAACGUACACUAUUUAAUAGAAAUGAAAGCUUAUUUUUUGCUUAAUUUAACUGUUUGGUUUUGUGGUUUCCUAGAUUUUGCAUGAAAAAUGUGUUUGGCCGCAAUUUACUUAGCAAUGUAUCACUAUGAAUAUUAUCUAACAUUUAUUUCAUAGCACUAAUAUCAGAUGAUGGUAUAUAUUUCUAAUGUCAGAUCUUAGACUAUUACUAAGUAAUAGAUGGUGCUUUCAAAAGAUGCCUUUUUUAUGUAUGAAAUGUAUUCCUCUCAAUGUGAUACUGCUUAAUCAUUAUUGCAAGCAAUGAAAGUCACAAAAUUAGUGUCAUAAAAUGAAAGUACUUAAUAAAGCUUAGUAAAAUAAAACUCAAUAUAGCAUGUAUUCAUAUACUCAAUAUUUUCUAUGCAACAGUUUUUACAGCAAGUUUAAA